AUGGCAUUUCCCAGGGUCAAAGUAAAUGAUCGUCAAGCUAUCGGCAAAGGUGGCGGAAGUCGCGCCGUGAAGCCGCAGAAGUUUCUACGAAUCCGCGGCUGGUUGCAAACUCGCCGAAGGGUCGAAACCACCAGUGCCAUUCUGUGCGGAUGCGGUCGAUUAGAUGGUACUGAAAUUUCAGAAGCUAUUUCGGCAGCUAUACAUUUACGGCAGAAAGACAUGAAACCGCAAUUUUAUGCUCCGGACAUUGAGAUUUGUGGCGUAGUCAAUCAUUUUACAAGAAAGAUGGAUACUGCUGGUCCUCCUAGAAAUGCUCUCGUGGAAGCUGCGAGAUUAGCAAGAGCAUGUAUAAAACCUCUGACCGAGUGUGAAGUUUGUACACAUGGUGCUCUUAUUAUACCUGGAGGAUUCGGUGUCGCACGCACUUUGAGUAAUUUUAUCGAAAAAGGUGCAAACUGUACCGUCUUACCUGAACUAGAGAAGCUAAUCGAGGAUUUUUAUUGCGAGAAAAAACCGAUCGGCACUAUAUGCAUAGCUAGUGCGCUUAUCGCUAAAGUGUUGAAAGGCGUAAAAGUUACACUUGGCAAAGAAUCACCUAAAGAAGACUGGCCAUACGCUGAUGCUAUCAAACAGGUCAAAGAAAUGGGCGCUAAAGUAGAAAUAAAAGAUGUCAAAGGAGUAACAAGAUGUAAAAAGUACAACGUUGUCAGUACACCAGCUUGGUUAUAUGAACAUGCUACUUAUUCAGAUAUUCACGAAGGUAUUGGCAAACUUGUCACGACGCUAAAGAAGUGCAUAAAUAAAUAA